AGCAAAAUCUACAGGAGAUGACGGCGGAGAGCGAAUCCGGGCAUGUUCGGAGGGAAACCGCCGUCGCUAGACCCUUGUUCAGGCCAGCAGAAAAUCAGACCGACCUCCGACAUCAAAUAAUGAGGUGCCGAACGACUAGACACGACAACCCCGAAAUGGAAGCCCUGAGGAAAAGGUUUGCCGAACUCAAAACUUUGCAAAACCGAAGGGCAAGGUCGCCACCCAACCCGCGCAGUCAAGAGACAGACCAUGUGUACGUGGAAACGGAUUCCCCACUAUCCCUCGAGCUGACUUUAGAGCCACUACCCGAGAAAAUAAAAGUCCCGCAAAUCGGCCUUUAUGACGGAACGUCGGACCCCGACGCUCAUCUCGGGCAUUAUACUUCAUGGAUGGACUUGCAUGGGGCCACCGACGCCCUCAGGUGUCGUAUGUUCUCCCUAACUCUGGGACCAAGAGCGCAGAAAUGGUAUUAUUCAUUGCCCGCGCAAUUCAUCCGACGUUGGGUUCAGCUCAGGUCGGUCUUCCGCUCCCAUUUCAUCGGGGCACAAGUUUGCCUCAUUCCAAAAGAGUCGAUCACUAACAUUGUCCAAAAAGACGACGAGAGCCUGAAGGAGUAUGUGGCCCGCUUCAACGAACGUGUGCAGAAUAUGGAACCGUGCCACCCUGAAACCCUCCUGGUGAGCGCCAUCUCGGGAUUGAAGCCCAAGUCGAUGUUCAGGUGUGCACUUUGUCAGAACGAGCCCAACACGUUCCAAGAAUUUUGGGUUCGAGCACAAAAUCACGUGAUCGCCGAAGAGAGUAUGUCGGUCCCCGACCUCACAUUCACUUCCCAAGGACAAAAGUCGACGUCGGAGAAAAAGAAAAAUCUUUUAGCAUCUCGUCCAAGAAGACCUCCUCUACAGACCCGAGAUGGGGAGACCCGAAUGAUCCCGAGGUACGAGCAACCCGGAAACAUUAACACCAAUCGAGACGCUCUGACGUCUUCCCGAAGGCAGGCCAAGGCAUACGCGCGAAGGGCAUACAACUCGAGAAAACAGGUGAUGACUUCGGACCUCAGGGAAACGAUCAAUGCUCGCACUUGCCCGAUCACCUUCACACUGGAGGAUGCAAGCUUAUUCGACCAUCCGCACUCGGACGCGCUUAUAAUCACGACCCCCAUUUGCGGCAUUCCCGUCCAUCGGAUCAUGGUGGAUACCGGGGCCUACACGAGCAUUCGCAUGCUCAAGGCAUUCAACAAGCUCGGGAUAGACCCUGCCGAAGUCCGCCCUUGCAACGACCGUGUCCACGUCUUCAACGGAAGCAUAGCUCUCCCAUUGGGAGAGAUCACGCUCCCCAUCAGAUUCGGGGGACAAGGGCAAACGUCCAAGGUCAUCAUGGAGACCUUUAAAGUAAUGGAUCUCGACAACGAAUACAAUGCGAUUAUCGGGAGGAAAGCGUUGUACAAACUCCGAGCUGCAGUUUCCAUUUUCCACUACGCCAUAAAAUUCCCGACGGCAGACGGAGAAGGAACCCACUACGGAGAGCAGAGAGAAGCCAAGGAAUU